UUUCUUAGUUACCUAAGUUUCAAAGAUCAUGCUCGCCUUCACUUUAAAGAAUCUCUCGGGAUACAAUAUGCAUUCCAACUUCAACCCCGAAGCAAAAUUUCUGUUAACGAGCUUACUCGUAUCUCUUAUUCUGAUAGCUUUUUACAUGACGAAAAGAACCUCACGAAGAGUUUACUUACUAGACUUUGCAUGUUACAAGGCCCCAGAUAGUCAGAAGGUUGCAAAAGACUUCAUGGUCGAGAAAGCAAAGCAUAGCGGCUAUUUCUCGGAAGAAAAGGUGGACUUCAUGAGGAAGGUUCUAGAGAAGUCCGGACUUGGCGACUCAACCUAUUUAGCAGAGGUCUACCUGAAACAAGUUGCUGAUCCGUGCAUGAAAGAAUCAAGAAGGGAGAUUGAGAUGUCUGUGUUUGGGUCGAUAGACAUGUUGUUGGCAAAAACAGGUGUAAAAUGUGAAGAGAUUGGGAUACUUGUCGUGAAUUGUUGUAUUUAUAACACUAUGCCAUCUCUUUCUAGCAUGAUAGUGAAUCGAUAUAAGCUUAAAGAAAGCAUCGCCAGCUACAAUCUUGUCGGGAUGGGAUGCAGUGCAGGCCUCAUAGCAAUUGGCCUUGCAGAACAGCUCCUCCAGGUGCAUCAUGACACAUACGCAUUGGUGAUGAGUACAGAAAGCAUUACCGAGAACUGCUACAUCGGAGACGAUCGUUCCAAGUUCCUUAUCAACUGCCUAUUCCGCGUCGGCGGCGCUGCAAUUCUCCUCUCGAACCGCCCUUCCGACCAUCAAAAUUGCAAAUACGAGCUCCUCCACACCGUACACACCAAUGAAGCAAGUUCCGAUCGCUCCUACAAUUGCAUCAUUCAGGAGGAAGAUGCCGCCGGACAAAGAGGCAUCACCGUCACCAAACACCUCUUCACCGCCGCAUCCACCGUCGUGGAAUCAAACGUAACCAAACUAGGUAUGCAAAUCCUUCCAGUUUCCGAGAAACUCAAGUACCUAACAAAUACGAUAGCCAGAAAACUCCGGCCAACGGCGAAUAUCCAACCAUAUAAACCAAAUUAUGCCAAAUCCAUCGAAAACUUCCUCCCGCACGUCGGCGGGAAGCCUGUGCUGGACGAGUUACAGAGAAACCUAGGGUUUAGCAACGCUGUAAUGGAAUCUUCUAGAAUGACGUUGUACAGGUUCGGCAACACCUCCAGUAGCUCCAUUUGGUAUGAGCUUGCAUAUGCAGAGGCCAAGGGUCGGGUCAAAAAAGGGAGUCGCGUAUGGCAAAUUGCAUUCGGGUCGGGUUUUAAGUGUAGUAGUGUGGUGUGGCAUGCAGUAAGGACCGUUGAUUAUGAUGAGUUGAAUCCUUGGACGGUGGAGAUUGAUGGGUUUCCGGUUGAUGUGGAUUGCGAUGAUCAUGGGCCUAUGUCUAUCUUUUUUGAAGCUGCAAAAUGA